AUGAAGAGCAAUUCAAAGAACAUGAAUAAUAAACCUCCCAAAGCUGCCGGUGGAAAGAGCAAACAAAUCCAAGCUGGAAAAUCAGCCGCCAAAUCCUCAGGAUCCAAGGCUGGUCGUAAGGUAAGACUAUUUAAAAACAGAGAAAACAAAACAGGUUAG